AUGGAUGAAGUGGAAAUUGAGAGAACUUUAGAAGUUGAUGAUGAUGAAAUCAUGAAUGCAUUUUUGGAUGCACAAUCCCAAAUGAUGCUUCAUUCUCAAGUUGAGCUAAACGAUGAAGGUAUUGAUACAGCCAACUCUCAAAAUGAAUUCAUUAUCAUGGACAUUUCUCAGUCAAAUCAUGAAAAUAAAGAGAUACCAGAAGAGGUAGAACUUCGAUCAUUGCUAUCUCAAUGGAAUCUCAAUGAGUUGAUUGAUGCGUGCAUUGCUAAGAGAGUUUUUAUCAAUGUUUUGAAAAUUAUAAAACGUCACCACAUCGAACGUCUGCUAAAAGGUUUUGAUCUGGGGACACAAAUUCUGUUUGAGAAUAAAUUAGAAGAAUGGCGUGAAUCAACUGGGAUUCCAAUGAGUCCAGUUUAUCUGGAUUUUCAAGGCACAUCAUCCAGUUCUAGUUCUUCAAACAGAUCAAACACAAAUACACCGUCAAGAUUUUCGCCCUAUCAAAAAUCCAUACCAUACCAAAGAUCUACACCCAGCCCUGAUAACUCAUGCACAAUUGUUCUGAGUGACAUCCUCAAUGAAACAUCUAGAGGGAAGGGUCUUGUCGAGUUAUACAACAAGUUUUCAAAUUUCCACGAAGAUCAAAGAUCUAUUCUCAUAUCUUUGAUUGCACAAUAUUAUGAAGAGAAGGGUGUCAAGAUGUCUCUAGCUGCCAGUUAUCAGUUAGAACAACAAAUUCUGGAAAGAAUUCCAUCCGAAAAAUUGGUAAUAUGCUAUCAUUAA